AUGGAUACAACUGCUGUUGUUACUACUAGCAACAAACCAAGUGAGGCAAAUCUACAAGUUGCGGAGACUUGCGCUGGGGUUCCAAGUACUGCAACUGGAAUUCCGCGAGCAGCGGAGAGUCCACGCGGAGAGGGUUUCCCGCCAGGGUUUCGGUUCCGGCCGACGGACGAGGAGCUGCUGUGUUACUACCUCAGGCGGCGCGUGGAGGGCCUUCCCAUCGCAUGGAAUGCGAUCGGCGACGUGGAUCUGUACGAGUCCGAGCCUUGGGAACUGCCAGCAAGAGCAACAUGCCCUAUUCCUGGCGACGGCGAGUGGUUCUUUUUCACAUCCCGCAAUCUCAAGUACCCAUCAGGGUACAGGUCUAACCGUGCCACAACUGCUGGGUACUGGAAGGCCACAGGGAAGGACAGGCCAGUCAACGUGCGGCUCUCAGGCAGCAGCGGUGGUAGCGACGGCAAAGGGGAGCAGAGAGUCAGAGCGGGAUUCAAAAAGACUCAUGUUUUCUAUAUCUCCUUGACGCCUGAGGAGCAAGCAGUGGUGCCACCGCAGGGGAUGGUGGCGCAGCAGGCACUGGCUGCGCAACAAGCGAUAGCACAGCAAGCAGCGGUAGCGCAAGCGGUGGUUUCACAGCCGGGGAUGAUGGCACAACAGGCGUUGGCGGCACAGCAAGCGAUAGUUGCACAGCAACCUCCAGUAGCACAAGCAGUGGUGUCACAGCACGAGAUGGUCGGACAGCAGGCGAUGACGGUACAGCAGGAUGAUGCGCUGCAGUAA